UAAAGUCGUGUCAUCUGUCAUGGCGGUAAAAGUAUUUAGCGCGCAGCUGGAAAUCGAUCUAUAUUAUUUUGUAUUUCUAUUGUAAAAAAAUGCCUGAAUCAAUAAUAGAGAGUGUCUUAUCUGGUAAAUUACAACGUGAUUUAUUGUUCAAAUGGUUGAACGACGAGCUAGUUGAGACAGCGCCAGAUGAUUGUAUAUUACUAUGUUCUAAUAGGAACGAAUUCGUUUCCUAUUUCCUCUCUUACCUCAGAGACCACACUGAGAGUAUUCUACAAACAAACACAAACUCGUUGCUACCUCCAUUCCAAGGGACUCCGGAGAAAAAUAGGAAACAUCAUCGUUCUAUCAGCGAUCCGACCUGUGACAAUGAAAAAUCAAAUGACAGCGCACAUAAAUCAGAAAGAAAGACAGAAGAGUCACCGAACAGAGAUAAAAAGAGAAACAGAAGAGUUAAAACGAAACUCUUCUCUGACGACAGAAGCAAAGACACUCUGAAUUCAUCGGACGAAUUACGAAUAAGCACUGGAAUUGAUAGACUGAUGUUAUCAAGUACCCCGAUGAAAAAUGGCUUAAGGGACAGCCCAAACUCACCAGCCAGCCCUGUGACGCCGCAGUCGAGGUCGUUUAGGGAAUAUGAAAGGUGUGACACCCCUAGGUCUGGAAGGCACUCAAGAUCUCAAGACAAAAACGUCAGCCUAGCCGAUUACCUAGUUAAUAUCCAACCGAAAAGCACGAAGAAGAAACGAUCAAAGAACACGUCCAAUGACGACAGCGAUCCUAAAUUGGAUCUGGAUUUAAGCAACUCGGAAAUGUUCCCUGAGAUAGGCGCGAGGAAAUCAAGCUCGCUGAAAUCUGAAAGGCGUAGGAUUAAACCGACGAACAUAGAUAAGAACAAGAAGAGUUUCUCGCUCAACAGCUUCAACGCUGAGAAUUUCCAGCAGCCCUCGCCAUUGGCGCUGGAAGAGAACCUGGCUUUCAAACCCAAGUUACAGCCAAAGGAAUCAUCAAACUCCUUCGAUGCUGAGAGGAAUAUACUUAAACAGGAGAGGCAGAAGUUAAUGGAGAAAUUCAAUGUUUUGAACACAACCACAACUCCCAUAACACCUUCCCAGGUUAAGAUACUGCGGAAAGAAGAAUCCAGUACAGCAUACAUCGAAGCUGACAGCACUAAGCUAACCUUCAAAGAAAAAAUUGACACAUUAGUGGACAUAUACGAUGUUUUAUUCAAAAAUAAUCUAAUACUAUGCAUAAAUACGGAAAUAUACUUCUUAAUAACAAUUCUUCUGUCAAAACAAUGCGAAGACGACAUCAAAACAACAGAACAUCUGCUAGAAACAGACUUGGCUAACAACAUUUUGAAGCCCAUACAUAACAGCACGUAUUUCGCUGUGAAAUCCCUAUGGAAUCAGCGUAUAAUCCUAGAAGUGAUCCUAGACAAGAACUCCCUGAAGAUUCUGGGGGAGAAUAAGAAAGUGCGCAGCUUCUCGCCAGAUUUAGCCAAAUUCCUGCUGAAUUCGUACGGCCUGAAAUGCGAGGCUGAGUCCCAAGAUAGGUCGAAAACUGUGACCCAGAACAGAUGCUCCAACGGGAUCAUAUGUUUCAAUCACGAGACCGAUAACGCUGAGAACUUCCCGUCCAUAUUGAGCUUCCAGAAUUUCAAAAAACAGAGGGACAUGUUUUACGAAAUAUUAAGGUGGUAUCAGGACACUCAAAGCACUGGUGUAUCUAGAUCGACAAUGCGCGCUCGGACACGCGCUCUGAUAUCAGCUGGUCCGAGCGCCGCUAACCACGCUCACCUCUCAACACUCAUCACACACAUGCUGGUGGACACGGUGCCUGACAACGAACAGGAAUCGAAGUUGAGUAAGCUUCAGCGGCGUCUGACCUGCUCUUCAUCAUCAGACUCUAAUUCACUGCCAAGAUUCACAGACAGGGAGAUGUUUUACAAGGAAUUCAUAAUGUAUGCGGACAACGAGAGCUUCAGGAUCCAUCUCUACCACGCUCUGGCUGCUGAGAUCAUAUCCCUGGACGGCGUGUCUGUCGGAGGAGAUGCUUCCAAUGGUUCUGACGUAUCCAAAGAGUUCCUUCAGGUAUCCAAAAAGCUAGGCUUGUUAGCCAAAUUCCUGGGCUACAUUACAUCACUGCCCUACGCCCAGGUGCCUAUAGACAUACUACUCAAGACCGGAGCUAUUAACUUGAACAAUCAGAAAGAAGAGAUAUUUACGGCUCCGGACGAGAAAGUACUGGAGAAUAGUAUAGCCUUAAGGAAUUAUAGCCAGCCGUCUAUGGAUAUCAAAGGUUUGCUGCUGAACGCCAAUCAAAAUGGCCGUCUGACUAUCACGAUACCCUGGAUAGUGCACUACUUAUCGAUGUUGGACUACACUACCCUAAGACUGAAGUACUAUCAAAAUAUAUUAAAACUACUUUUCGAUAUACAUAGGAAGUUAAAUAUAACAGCAUUCAAGAAGAACACUGUGAUAUUCCUUAAGCUCAACUUAGGCUGGUUGUUCGAUCUGCCCCAUGUACCGCAAGAGGUGUUUUACGCUAAGAAUGACACUAGUGUUGGUGUUGCCAGUGUAAUUGAUUGUGAAUUUGAUAUCGAGGAACAUGUGUUGCAAGAACUCUGCCCCUACUUGAAGGAUCUCAGUGUAUUUUUAAGUACAUCCCGAGUUAGCCAGGACUCGAACCAGUUUGGCAGCUUCAGACAUAUAACACCUGUGAGUCUCGGUUUAAACAAUGAGGAUAAGAUCCGGAACAAGGAGAAGGAACUGCAGAUGCGGUUGGAAGAGGAGCUUAUCAAAAGCCAGCCAUCUUCAACUCGGAGAGUGUUAGAGCUGGUGACAGAGAGGGUUACAUCAGCAGCGAUCAAGGAGCUCACUACAAAUACCCUCGUGGAAGCCAGGAAGAAAUCCAGGGCGGGCGCUGCGGCUAUAGUGGCUGGGUGCAGAGACAGGUCGGGUCUACUCUCGUCUCUUCAGAGCCACUAUUCCGCCCAGUUAUGCUCUCUCAAUGCCAGCGCGCUCUCUUCCUCCCGGACCUUGAUUAAGGCUCGUGUGACGUCAGCACUGGCUGCCCUGCUGCCGACCGCCCCGCCUCCCCUCAGGGCGGUGGUGGGGGGAGCCUGCUGCCAGCGGGUGGACAAGUGGCUGGCCCAGCAUUGGACCAGCACUGAUAUCCUGUGUAAGGACAUCAAGAGCGAGAUGGAGAACCUGUGCAGUGUGGGCCCCGGGGUCUCCGUGGCUGGGGAGGGCGUUGACCUGGUGACCUGCAACCUGGACGAAAUGAUGAGUCCAGCGCAGGCUAUACUCGACCUUAAGGAACAGAUCUGCGUGACCCUGGAAGGCGGCGCCCCCUGCCUGCAGGUGCUCCGCUCGUGUACCCUGGCCUGCGACCCCAACAACGUGUUCUGUCGCGCCCCAACCCUCACCACCAUACUACACCUGUCCGUGGAUUUCUGUGUUGUUUACGUGAGCAGACACGCGUCCAAGGUUUUGAAUAUUCUGCCAGAGUUCAAAGCCCUUUGGGAACAGUGCUGCCCUCACAGGAGACGGGAGGAGCGAGAGGAAGACGAUAGCAGAGAGAGGGCUCCAGAUCUCACAAAGCACGAGGACUGUUACUUCGACAGGAUUCUGUGUCCCAGGAACAUUAUGUUGUUGAGCGAGACAAGAUCCAGUGAUGUGUGGCCGGCCAUGGCUGACGUGUUAGUUUAUUUGUUGAAGCAUAACUACUUAACCGAGGACAGCCUGACCGAACAGUGCCUGGCUGUUUACAAACAGGAUUGGCCCCAGAACAUUCUUGAGAAUCUAUCGACAUGUAUGAGAAAGGUGUCCUCCAAGUGGCCGUCGACGGGCAAGUUUACUUUGUUCCUUGAUUUCUUAGCAGACUUCUGUAACGAUAUGGACUAUGACUUAAUAGAGUAAAUAUAUACAUUGAUUUGCAUUUAUUAUUAAAUAGUUAUUAUUCAAGGUCAUCUAUUCACAUACACAUAUUAUUCCCACAUACUAUAUACAUUUUUUAUCUGUAUUUGUAUAUAUAUAUAUAUAUAUAUAUCUGUACAUCUAAAAAUUAAAGUACAAUUUAAAAAUAUUCAGCAAGUUAAUAUAUUUGAAUAAUAUGUAUGUGUGAUUUUUAAUGCCAUUUCAAUACUUAAUUUAAACUCGGACAAUAUUUUUUCGGUAUUCGGUUAGUUUGGUGAAGAUAAUAUUAGAUUAUUGGAUGUCUGCUCUCACAAGAGCAGAUCCGUGAAUUUUAUAUAAAGUCCUUUUGCUAAUCAAUUUAUGUUACACUAGAACUAACUAAGUAGAAAUUUUGUUAGUGACGACUAAACGUUUUGUUAUGUCUAAGAAAAUUGAAUUCAAUCAAUAUUCAUAGUAAAUUUUGAUAUUUUCAAUCAAUUAGAUUAAUGGUUUUUUUAUAUGUCAUCAUAGUGUUAGGAGCCGCUGGGUGUGUUAUGAGAAAUUUUGUAAGAAUUUUUGAUGUUAUAGAAAUUAAUCGGUGUGAGGACAAUAUGAUACGGACAACACCAAAGUUAGCGUCUUAGAUGAUUUUUUGGAAGAUUUUGAGAAAACAUAUACAUAUAUAUAUAUAUAUAUAUAUAUAUAUGUAUGUAAAGAAAAUUUUUUAUUAGACAUUAAAAACAUUGUAAGAUAAUCUUUAAGACCGUUCGUUUUUUUUAAAUAAGAUUUUUUAAAUAUAUAUAUAUAUGUAAACCAUUUAUUGAUUAUAAAAUUACGCCGCUGGUGCACUAAACGAAACGCGACUGUAGUUUAUCGUUGAAAAGUUUGUAUUGUAAAUUUUUUUGUAUAUUGAGAUAUUUUGGUGCGAAAUUUUACUUGACUGUUAUUUAAAUAUGUAAAUGGGUAUGUUUAGAAAGAAUGCUACGAUUUUAAUAUAAUUCUUUUACAUCUCAUCAUCGUUUGGAGGCGUCCGAUUGGUUUCAACCUGAGAACUGAUCUAAUCAUAGAGAAUACAUGCGACGGCAAAGAUCUGAAUUCUGUGUGCCUCAUUACGCUUAUUGUAAUUUUUAUUUGUUAAUAAAUAUGUAUAUAAA